GCGGGGCCUGGAGGGGCCGGCAGCUCGGGCGGCAGUGCGCGGCCGGGAGCGGAGCGGAGGGGAACGGAACGGCGACACCAUGGGGAGCCAGCUGAGCACGUUGGGCAGCUUUGUGCUCUCCCCGGUCUGGUUCAUUUACAGCCUUUUCAUGAAGCUUUUUGGGAAGCCGGCUCUCCCCAUCACCCUCGAGAACCCCGAGGUGAAAUACCCAUUGAGGCUGAUCGACAAAGAGAAUAUCAGCCAUGACACACGGAGGUUCCGAUUUGCUCUCCCAUCUCCCCACCACGUGCUUGGCCUCCCCAUUGGUCAGCACAUUUACCUCUCCGCCCGGAUCGAUGGGAACCUGGUCAUCCGGCCCUACACUCCGGUCUCCAGCGACGAUGACAAAGGCUUCGUGGAUCUGGUCAUUAAGAUUUACUUCAAAGACACUCACCCCAAGUUUCCUGCUGGCGGGAAGAUGUCUCAGUACCUGGAGAGUCUGAAAAUUGAUGAUACCAUUGACUUCAGAGGCCCCAGUGGACUGCUGGUCUACCAUGGCAAAGGGAAGUUUGCCAUCCGUCCAGACAAGAAGUCAGAGCCUGCUAUCAAGACAGUAAAGUCGGUGGGCAUGAUCGCAGGAGGGACAGGCAUCACCCCGAUGCUGCAGAUAAUCCGAGCCAUCAUGAAGGACCCUGAGGACCACACUGUCUGCCACCUACUCUUUGCCAAUCAGACAGAGAAGGACAUCCUGCUUCGGUCGGAGCUGGAGGAGCUGAGGACCCAGCACUCGGCCAGGUUCAAGCUCUGGUUCACUGUGGACAAAGCCCCGGAAGACUGGGACUACAGCCAAGGGUUUGUGAACGAGGACAUGAUCAGGGAGCACAUGCCUCCCCCGGAAGCCGAACCCCUGAUCCUCAUGUGUGGGCCCCCUCCCAUGAUCCAGUACGCCUGCAUCCCCAACCUGGACAAAGUGGGGUACCCCAAGGACCUGCGCUUCUCCUUUUAGGGGGGACGGUGACCUGGGGAGGCUGGCAGGGCAGGGGGCUGGUUGGCGGGAACAAGGACACACACCCACACCCACACUCACACCCCUGAACAAGGUGACACACACACACACACACACAC